AUGUUAAAGCAAUACCUCCUACUCAGAGAGGAGAACACACCUUGGAAGAAGUUCCUGACCGCGAUCGGCUACACUUGGCUUCAGAGGCAGUUGAAGGAAGCAGAUGCCAAGAAGAGCGAGGAGGUUAACACAAGCCUCUUCGUUCACAUUGUGGAGUCAGACUACUUUGAAUCCGCCAUGGGGCUGGUGAUGCUCGCGAAUGCCAUCAUGAUCGGCUUCCAGGUUUCCAGCACCGAGGAGGAUGAGUCCAGCGCAGAGCUUUACGCGAUCCUCGACUUUGUGUUCACCGUGAUUUUCGUGGUGGAGCUGGUCUUACGCUACUGUUGCGAAGGAUGGAGAUGGUGGUUUCGAGGUUCCAACAUCUUCGACGUCGUAGUUGUGUUAGCCACAAACGUAGUUCCCGUUUGGAUCCUGGUGCCGCUUGGAAUUGACCCUGCCUUGAUACGGCCGUUUGCGGUCCUGCGUUUAUUUCGGCUGGUCAAGCUGAUGAAACUCAUCAGAAAGUACAGAAGUCUCCGUACACUCUGGAACCUGUUCCAGGGGGUCCUCGGAAGUGGCAAAAUUCUGCUCUACACGGUCCUGGUGAUGGGCACUACAUUGUUCAUUUGGUCAGUGCUGGCUGUCGUCUUGAUAGGCCAGGACCCGAGAACUAAAGACCAUCCCGACGUGAUCUUAUACUUUUCCAACGUCCCUGACGCGGUUUUCACGCUCUUUCAGAUCGUGACCUUAGAUAGCUGGUCGGCCAUCGCUCGACCUAUUGGGGCCUUGAACCCCCUGGCAGCUCUCCUGAUUGGCAUGAAUAUUGUUAUCGUUGAGAUUUGUUUGCUGAAUCUGGUCACGGCCACCAUUGUGGAUGCAGCCUUCAAGCGACAGCAAGACGACCAUGAGAUGGUCGCACAGGAGCAGAAGAUCAAGAGCGACCGGCUCAUCGAAGAGGUCCGGACCCUCUUCAUGGAAAUGGACAAGAGCGGGACGGGCAGCCUCAACUACGAGGAGUAUCUGGACGCCGUGAGUGAGAAUCCCCAGAUCCAGACCAAGUUUACCACUUUAGAGAUCGACGAUGCCGAGGAGCUUUGGGAGUUGAUCGACCUGGGUACAGGCAGCAUCGAAGUCGACCAGUUCGCCCAGGGCCUACGCAUCAUCGCUGGGGAGGUCAAAGCGAAAGAUCUUUUCACCAUCAACCGAAGGGUGGGUAAUGCCCUGAGGCGCCUGCAGGCAGCGGUCUACGAGAUGGAGCGACAGGAGGCCAUCGCUGAUCAAAUGCAGGAAGACAUCCACGAAGUCACCCGCCAGCUCACCAAGUCAACCACCAACUUGGUGAAUUUCAUGCGCAAUGUCCACCGCUGCAUACCACGGGGCAGGGUCCUGCUGCGGCCGGAGAAGGCGGACGAGAAGCGCGGGGAGAUUUUCGAGAAGGUCAAACCCCUUCUCGGCACGAACAUGGGCGAGGUCUCCCGCCUCUUCUUCUCCAAUCGAGGAAAGCGUGCGGCACAGAAGCAACAUGUCAACCUUAUUGGAACAAGCCGGCAGCAAGAGAACGAUAUAGAUUUGGAGUGA